AUGCAUGAGUGGUAUAUAUACCAAGUAUACCUCGCCUCAUCGCGGAUCAAGGAAAAAGAAAUUUCUUUCAAAGUAGCGAUCAUGGAAUCAGAGAAUCCUGUCGUUUCUGCCAUCCGCUUCCCCUCAAAACUCGAAGAGAAGCUAAAGGAUGCGAAUAAGGCCAAAGUUAAAGCACAUUUGCCUCAAGUUGACUGGAAUAGCGUCUCGAGUUUUUUUAAAGCUGGUAAUGCUGUUUGGCUAGUCGCGAGGGACGACGCAGCGAAAGUGAUCAAAGAGAGAGAGGACAAAAACAACCCCAAGCCACCCGGUGUUGAGUAUUUCACCGUGGUUUGGCUGUACACCAUUGCAGAAACAAUAGUGACAUUCCCAACAUUCAAUCCUGGGAUAGAACAUGCCACCUACGGGAUGCUGCUGGUGAAUGCCAGGUCAAACCUGAUGGACCUCAAAAAGGAUGUGCAUGCGGUCAAAACUCUAUUCUUCCGUGCUGGGAAAGAGAAAGACGGCGUUAUACCCGGAGACAAGACCGAAAUCGGAAAGCAAGUGCUAGCAUACCUGCAAAAUGCAGCGAAGACAUUUAAAAAAGAGAUCACUGCACUUCUGAACAACUUGGAACCCAAAUUUUAUGUGUUCUACAAAACCCUCCUCGAAAAUAUCCUGGCAACGCCAUGGUGUAAUGAAGAUGAUUGGCCUACUCUCAUAGAGGCAAACAAACGGUUUUGUGUCACGGAGACAACUGGAAAUCUCUAUACUCGGGUUUUCAGUGAUUGGAUAGAGGAUAAUGGGUACUAUGAAGUAUCGCUUGCGAACGAGAAUCAAGUGGAUCAGCCGGUGACGGAUGCUUGA